GCAAAAUACUUUUUGCGGCGAAAUCAAUUGCGGUGCGGCGAAGCUGAGCAGUCUGUGCUGGGCUUGCAAAAAAAAUAUAUGUAUAACUAUAAAGUUUAACGCAAAAAAUGGAAUUGUCCAAGCAAUUAAAAGCGCAGGGCUGGUACCUCACAGACGAUGGCAUUAAGACACUGAGCACCGCCAUAGGCGGCGACCUCGAAGCACGCAAAAUAAUUGAUGAAGCUUUGAAUCGGGAUUUGCGCGAUAUUGGAGGCGGUGCCCUGGCCACCAAUCGCGAGGAGUCGAGUGCAACGCUCGGUGGUCGCAUUGUGCUCCAGGUGCAAAAAGUGCGCAAUAUUGCGGCCCCCAAAAGCAAUGAAGAAUCGAAGGCAGCGCCACGCCUACUACAAUUGGAGCUAUCUGAUGGGCAGCAAACGCUACAGGCUUUGGAGCUGGAACCGGUGCCUGCAUUGAGUCUAAAUGUGGCACCCGGUACAAAGAUUUUCUUCAAGGCCGAGAAACUGCAAUUGAUGCAUGGAUUUCUGCUGUUGCGCCAGAAUGAGUUGCAGCUGCUCGGCGGACGUGUGGAAGCUUUGUACGAGAAAUGGGAUUUUGCACGCACAAUGCUCAAAUAUGCACGCAGUGGUCGCCCAUUGACGGGAGCAACUGCACCGCCGCCUUGGGUGGCAUUUGGCAAGAGCAUCAAUGCCAAUGAUGAUCGCAACUUCAAGAGCUUGGUGCCGGCCGGAGACAAGGAUAAGCCGGCCAAGGAGAACGACGAGUUUAAUGCCACGCGUAAUGAGGCGAUUGCCGCUGCUAGCAAGGUGGCUGUAAAGAAGGUGUUCGGUGGUGGCGGUCAGAAUCUCGUUGACUACAACAUCAAGAAGAUCCUCGACAAGGGCUACAGCAAGGAAGAAGCCAAGCUGGCGUUGCAGGGCACUCGAAAUAAUCUCGAACGUGCUCUGUACAAUCUCAAGCGUCGCAAAGAUGCGGCUGCUAGUGGCAGCACUGAGGCGGCACCCAUGCGAGGUGGGCGUGGAGAGCGUCCGGGUCGCGAGGGCAAACGUGGCGCAAGUCUGAAAGAUGAAGCGGAGGCAGCGAAACCGGCCGCGAAUGCGACACUCUUUGAUUUUCUUACUACGAAAUUGCCGCCAACAAAGGACGCCGAGAAGCUGGAAGCGAGCGCCAUGGAGGCGGCGGUCAAGGCAUCGCUGGCAACUGCAAAUGCCGAGCGAACCCAAAGCAAACAUCACGAACAAAACCAUGAGCACAAAUUCCAGGGCACAAACGAUCGAUCGCGUUUCGAGAACAAUGUGUCGAGCAGUUUUGCUGCCCAUCGAGGUGGCCCGGCAGGACGUGUUCCUCGUGGCGGAGCACGCAAUCGUCCCGAACGAGGAGGCGGCAACUUUAGCUCUCGCGCAGGAGGAGGAGGAGGAGGUGCACCGACAGCACCAGGAGCUGGCAAUGGUAGCAGCAGCAAUAUGCGUAGCCGCUACGAGAAUAAUUCGCGGGCAACGGAACAAACUCAUGUCAAGAGCGCUGGACGCAAUGGUCACGAGUUGCCACGCGAGGUCUCUAGCAAAGCUGUUGUCUCUGAGGCAAAGCAGGAGCAGGAACUAACGACUGGGACCAAGGAGCAGAGUAACAACAAUCGUCGCAAUAACGAGCGACAAACGAAUCGCAACGGAAAUUAUCGCGCCGAGAAUGGUAAUAGGAAUAACAGUCGCCGACAGCCAGGAGCUGGAUCAAAUGGUGGUGGAACUGUUGCUCCAGUGGGCAGAGUAAGCAAUAAUCCGUUUAGCAACAAUGAAGAUGCAAAUACUCGCCUCAACAAAGUGGUCGAGGAAACGGCUAAUUUGAAGAUCAACUCAACUAAGCGUGAACCACGACGUGGUGGUAAACAAAGUGCUGGACCAUCCCAUCGCCAGCAGCAGUUUGAAGCGCCAGCAAAUGCAUUGCCCUUGGAGAAGAAGUCUACAGAAAAGCCAAUUCCAGGAGGUGCAACUGCAGCUGCAGCUGCAUCAACAACAGCACCACAGCGACAACUACCACAGCCAGUGAAGGAGCAUCCACGAUCACAACAUCAAUCGAAUGCCAGCUACAGUCAAUUGCCAAAUGGUUACACUUAUGAUCCCAGCAAGAUUAUGGGUUUCCAGAGCAAGGAGACCAAUGAGUUUGCCAUGAGUCUGCUGAAGAGUCAGGGUUUGACAAUUGCGCCACAAGCGGCGGCAGCAUCGGCAGCGCAACCACCACCGUCCAGUCAAAAGCUGCCUACUCAAGCAACAUCCCCACCAGCGCCGAUGGCUAACAACAACAGCAUCAAGCCGCGAAACACAUUCGAUGCAUUACCAAUGGCAUCGGCUAACAGCAUUCAACUGCCAUCAAAUCCACAGCCAGCUGUUUUAUCAUCGCCACCACAGUACUUCACUGACGAUGCUUGGAUGUGGAAAGCUGGCGACUUGUGCAUGGCCAAGUAUUGGGACGAUGGACGAUACUAUGAGGCUGAGAUAACAGGAGUUUCGGAAAACACUUGUGUGGUGUUUUUCCUGGGCUAUGGCAAUCACGAAGAAGUACUGAAAUCGGAUAUGUUGCCCCUCACUGAUGCCCAGAAUCGACCAUUAAGCAAUAUGCCACAGUCACAGCAUCAACAUCCGAAGUCACGCUAUCGUGGAGAUCGUCAGACUCAGCAGCAGCAGGUAUAUGUGCCACCACACAAACGCGAGUAUUAAUAAAUCCAAUGUACCCACAUUUAUGCCUACUGGAAUUAAAUUAAAUGUAUCGAAUAAACCACAUUGCAUUUUCUUUGAU